CUCUGUACUUUCAGAGCGCUAAUUACAACCGAAGGCUCAACAAACCUCUUGGAUCCUCGCGCCUGCAAUAGGGACGUUCGGCAUCAUGGCCAGCAUCGAUCCCUUCAUCCAACUCUCCGAGCUUGACGCCGUAUCACCUGUGAUAGCGUCUUUGCUCGCCCUAGCCCAGAUCAUCUACAUGCUGCCGAGGUCGGCAAAGGGUAGAUCGGCUCUGUGGGCCCUUGCGCUGAUCUCGCUCGGCCCCUAUGCGGCCUACACUAUUGCUAUGCGAAACGCCCGGUCUAUGACCCUGCACUCCCUGGAGCAUCCCAUCGAGGUGCUGAUCCGCAACGCCCAGGCCGACUUCAACCAGAUGCUGGAACGGCAAUCCAAGACCUACGCGGAUGCCGUCAACGAGUACCAGCGCCGGUACGAGGUUGAGCCGCCACCCGGCUUCGAGGCGUGGUACGAGUUUGCCGUCGCGAACCAAUCUCCCAUCAUCGACGAGUUCGACACCAUUUACGAAUCCGUGUCGCCGUUUUGGAAACUCAGCGGGAAGGAGGUGGUACAGAUUAUGAACGACGCACAAGAUACGGCCGACAUCGAUCUAUGGCUCUGCACCUUCUCUGGCAAGACCGCCGAGACUCACUGCAUCCACCCCCGUCGCAACGCCGAUAGGCACGUUUCCGACCUGAUGAACAGGCUGCUGGGCGAUCUCCGCGGCGUGCUUCCCGACGUCAAGUUCCUCGUGAACCACCUCGACGAACCAAGGGUCCUGAUUCCGCGGUUAACGCACCCAAACCCCAGCGCCAAACAAUGGUUCACUGUGACCGACCUCUCCGAGCGUCCAACCUGGAACGCAAUCACAAAAUACUGCCCGUCCCACGUUCUACAAGGGGAAAACGGGAAAACGUCUCCCCAGACAGAACCGAAGACAGAAGACCUCCCGCUCAUCACAAACCUCUCCGCGGCGCUUGACCUCUGCCAGCACCCCGAGUACGCCAACAUGCACGGCCUCUUCCAGGGCCCGCCCUCCUUCCGCCUCAUCGAGGGCCGCGUGCCCGUCCUCUCGACCGGCGCGCCCUCCACCAUGUCCGACAUUCUCAUCCCCUCGCCCGCCUACGUCCUGGAAGACGAAUUCCUCUACAACGCCACGUUCGAUGUCCCCUGGCCUCAAAAGGACAACCACCUGUACUGGACCGGCUCGACCACGGGCGCGGUCGCCUCCGCCACCAACGACUGGCAUCACUUCCACCGGCAGCGUUUCAUCUCCCUCGCGCAGAACCUCGAACCCGGCCGACACCACCUCUACCUUACCUCCCCACCCCCGGCCUCUGCUCCCACCGCGGGAUCCCACAAACCAACGCUGACGACCUCCCCCUUCCUAAACCCGCACAACUACCACGUCUUCCCGACGCGCAUCUUCCAAUGCAGCGCCCCGCAGCCCUGCCGGGAGCAGGCAUCCCACUUCCGCGCGCAGAGCUGGCAGCCGCGCGACGCGGCGCUGGGCGCGCGGCUGGUGUUCGACCUGGACGGCAACGGCAUCUCGGGGCGGUUCCACAAGCUGCUGGCGUCGCGGUCGCUCGUGCUCAAGCAGACGCUGCUGCGCGAGUGGCACGACGACCGGCUCGCGCCCUGGCUGCACUACGUGCCCGUGAGCGUCGGCAUGGCCGAGCUGCCCGAGGUCGUGCGCUGGCUGGUCGAGACCGAGCGGGGCCGCGCCGCGGCCCGCGAGCUCGGGCGCGCCGGCGCCGAGUGGGCCGCCCGCGCGGUCCGGGAGGUGGAUGUCAAGCUGUAUGUGUGGCGGUUGGUGCUGGAGCUGGCGAGGCUGGUGGAUGAGGGCAGGGGGGCGUUGGCGGUGGUCGGUGAGAGCGAUUGAAGGAGCUUCAAUCGGCUGAACGUUGUUGUGAAAGGGAUUUAUGAUGUUCAGUUGGUCAUCUGUAUAUUGCUGGCUAUAUG